AUGAAACGCGUAAAAAAUAGAGACGGAACGAAAGAAGAAAGGGUUAUGAAUGCGGAUGACUUAAAUAGGGAACUUGUUAAAAACGGUCUCGGAAUAUAUGAAAUGCCAGCAGAUGAGGUACAAGAAACUCCACAGGAAGAAGUUCAGAUACAACCAGACAUGGAAGAAAUAGUUCAGCAACAACAGCUAGAAGAGCCUGAAGGAAACGAACAAGUCCCUCCUUUGGAAACUAACUUCACAGAACUAGAUGAAGAUUUGGAACAGCCGAAAAAUCUUGACCCUCAACAAGAGUAUGCGGAGAAUAUGGAAUCUUUCCAAAGU